AUGAGUACUCCAUUUGGUUUAGAUUUCGGUAACCACAACUCUGUUGUCGCUGUUGCCAAAAACAGAGGUAUUGACGUUGUCGUCAAUGAAGUUUCUAACCGUUCAACACCAUCAUUAAUUGGUUUUGGUUACAAGAACCGUUUCAUUGGUGAAACUGGUAAAUCACAACAAACAUCAAACAUCAAAAACACCGUUGAUAACUUGAAAAGAAUCAUUGGUUUAGAUUACAACCACCCAGAUGUUGCUAAAGAAGCUGAAUUCUUUUCAACUGAAUUAGUUGAUAUCGAUGGUAAAGUUGGUGCUAAAGUUAAAUUUUUAGGUAAAACUGAAGAAUUCACUUCAAUUCAAUUAGCCGCCAUGUACUUUAACAAAUUAAAAGAUCAAGUCGCUAAAGAAUCAAAAAGUAAAUUAGAAGAUGUCGUUGUCGCUGUCCCAAUCUACUACACUCAACAACAACGUCAUGCUGUUGCUGAUGCUGCUAGAGUCGCUGGUUUAAACCCAGUCAGAAUUGUCAAUGAUAUCACUGCCGCUGCUGUUGGUUACGGUGUUUUCAAAACUGAUUUCCCAGAAGACAAAGCUUUAAACAUUGCUUUCGUUGAUAUCGGUCACUCAGCUUAUGGUGUUUCUAUUGCAGCUUUAAAGAAAGGUGAAUUGAAAAUCUUAGGUUCAGGUUCAGAUAAACACUUUGGUGGUAGAGAUUUCGAUUUCGCCAUCGCUAACCAUUUUGCUGAUGAAUUAGAUGCUAAAUACAAAGUCAAAGUUAGAGAAAAUCCAAAAUCAUUCUCACGUAUCUUAGCUUCAGCUGAAAGAAUCAAGAAAAUUUUAUCAGCUAACACCCAAGCUCCAUUCAGUGUUGAAUCAGUUAUCAAUGAUAUUGAUUUCUCAUCAUCAUUAACCAGAGAAAAAUUAGAAGAAUUGGUUGCUCCAUUAUUAGAACGUGUCAAUGUUCCAGUUGAAACCGCUUUGAAAAACGCUGGUUUGAAACCAGAAGAUAUUGACUUCGUUGAAGUUAUUGGUGGUGGUUCAAGAGUUCCAUCUUUGAAAGAAAGUAUCUCAGAAGCUUUCGGUAAACCAUUAUCAUUCCACUUAAACCAAGAUGAAGCUAUCGCUAAAGGUGCUACUUUCAUCUGUGCUAUUCAUUCACCAACUUUAAGAGUUCGUCCAUUCAAAUUCACAGAUGUUAACCCAGAUUCAGUUUCUUACUACUGGGAUCAACAAGUUGAAGAUGAUGAUGAUCACUUAGAAGUUUUCCCAGCUGGUUCUCCAUUCCCAUCAACCAAAGUCAUCACUUUAGAACGUACUGGUGACUUCAAAAUUGAAGCUAAAUACACAAACCCAUCAGAAUUACCAGCCGGUGUUGCUACUGAUAUUGCUCAAUGGGAAAUCAAAGGUGUUAAACCAGCCGAAGGUCAACAAACCGUCACUGUUAAAGCUAAAUUAAGAAACAACGAAUCAGGUAUCUACAGUGUUGAAUCAGCUUACACCGUUGAAGAAAUUGAAGUUGAUGAAGAAAUCCCAUAUGAAGGUGAAGGUGAAAAACCAGAAGAUUAUGAACCAAAAUACAAAAAAGUUAAACAACUUGUUAAGAAAGAUGAUUUAACCAUCGUUACCCAUGAUGCUUCAUUACCAGAAAAAACUUUGAAUGAUUUAUUAGAAAAAGAAGGUCAAUUAACUUCUCAAGAUGAUUUAGUCUUCAAAAUUCAAAACAAGAGAAAUGAAAUUGAAGAAUACAUUUACGAUUUCAGAGGUAAAUUAGAUGACAUAUAUGAAAAAUUCGUUUCAGAACAAGAAAAAUCUGAUUUAUCUUCUUUAUUAUUAAAAGCUGAAGAUUGGUUAUAUGAUAAUGAAGAUGCUUCAUUAGGUAUCUACACUGCUAAAUACGAAGAAUUAGCUUCAAAAGGUAACUUGAUUAAAGGUAGAUACUUACAAGCUGAAAAUGAAAAACAAGAAGCUGCUAGAGCUAAAAAAGAAGCUGAAGAAUACCAAAAAUUCUCUCAAAAAUUAAAAGAACAACAACCAGCUGAAGAAAAGAAAGAAGAAUCAAAAGAUGCUGAAGGUGAUUUAGAUCUUGAUUAG